AUGGCAGGCAACUUUUGGCAAAGUUCUCAUCACCAACAAUGGAUAUUAGAUAAACAAGAUCUAAUUCGCGACCGCCAAUACGAUUUGGCUAUAUUAAGUGAAGAGGAGUAUCAGAAAAUAUUCAAUUUCUUCGCGAGUAUCAUACAGGUGUUAGGAGAACAGUUAAAACUUCGCCAACAAGUAAUCGCUACGGCCACAGUGUACUUCAAACGAUUUUACGCAAGGAAUUCAUUAAAAUGUAUCGACCCACUGCUUCUGGCACCUACGUGCGUAUUUCUUGCGUCUAAAGUAGAAGAAUUUGGUGUAAUAUCGAACUCUCGGCUUAUCACAACGUGCCAAACAGUAAUCAAGAAUAAAUUUAGUUAUGCAUAUGGACAGCAAGAGUUCCCAUACAGAACUAAUCACAUCCUUGAAUGCGAAUUCUACCUGCUAGAGAACCUGGACUGUUGUCUGAUUGUGUAUCAGCCAUAUCGGCCGCUGUUACUGUUUGUACAGGACAUAGGACAAGAUGAUCAAUUGUUGACUUAUGCUUGGAGAAUAGUAAAUGAUUCAUUAAGAACCGAUGUUAGUUUGCUGUACCCGCCUUAUCAGAUAGCCAUAGCAUCUCUCCACAUAGCUUGUGUGAUGCUUGGUAAAGAGAGCCAUAAGCCUUGGUUUGCAGAACUCAAUGUUGACAUGGAUAAGAUCCAAGAGAUAGUAAGAUCAAUAAUUAAUCUAUAUGAAAUGUGGAAGAGUUAUGAUGAAAAGAAGGAAAUACAAGCCUUAUUAGCAAAGAUGCCUAAGCCAAAGCCGGCCCCCCAAAGAUAA